AUGGCGCAGCCACCCAGCAGCGGUCGGGCUGGCUUCUCGAAUGCCCCCUCACCGGCUGGCCCGGCGUUGCCGCAGGGACUGUUGCCGCCGCCCCUGGCCAGUGGGGGUGCCGCUGCUGGCGCAGGGGCCGAGCCGGCGCCGGCCUCCCGCAGCCCACCGGCGGCGCAGGUUGCCAUGGGCAGCGCGCUGGUAUCCGUGGCGGCUUCUGCGCUGAACUUCUCAGAGAUGGCGCGGCGGGCCUUCGUGAGCGAGCUCGGCGGUGCCUGGGAAAGCUGCACACUCAACGACAUCCUGGAUUGCAAGGGGUCGGAUCUGCUCAGCGCCGCUGACACUAUGGAGGUGGGCGGAUCGCGCCUCCGCUCCAUUCCCAAGGGCGCCUUGUUGCGGCAGCUCCGCGAACUCGCAGUGACAGCGGGAUUCGCUCGGCUGGGCUUGGGCGGCCUGCCCGUGGCCCUGCCGCCCUCGACCGGCAUCGUCCCGGCAGGGGCGCAGACGGCCGCUCCGCAGAAGUUCACCUUCGCCAGCGCCCUGCGCAGCGGGGACUCGUCUGAGUUCUGCCUUCUCCCCGCAGCCAAGGUGCGCACGCUGAGCGCGGAGUGCAAGAAGGCGCACGGAGACCAGUUGUCUGCCUUGGCAGCGCGCCUGGCGGACGACGCCCUGCCUCGCGCGGACUUCAGUAUAUUCGGGCCAUUUGGCAAGAGGCUGAUGAAGCUCAUGGCCUGCCGCGCCAAAGUGUUCGUGAACGGUGAGCUAAUCACGAAGACCGUGCAAGGACCGGGGUCAUUCGAACAGUGGCGUCGGUGCUUCCGCGCCCUCCGCACCGGCUUCCUGAAGCUGGGGGUCUCCAAGCCGGGCCCGCUGGACACGUGCGAGGAGGGCUUCAGGCAGCUGGCGGAGUCCUCUCCUGGCCACUGGGGACACCUCGUGGUCAUUGAGGACCACAUGCGCUCGGAGCGCCGGAGCGUGGUCCGCGAGCGCAUCGAGGACCAGGUGGAGCGCAACCAAGUCCAGGGCACGUGGGGCCCGCCCCGCCCUUGGGAGGCCGCGUUGGCUGCAACCGCAUGCGGCCCCACCUCUGCCACCGAGGGCCAGUGGUGGUUCUUGCGGGUGGACGAGCCGUGCUUGCAGGCGCCCACUACGCGCGGCGCGGCGGCCCAGGUGGCCGCCGUCGAGGGCGCGGCCUUUGCGGAGGAGGUCGACCUCCACGCGGGCACCAACGAGCGGAAGCGCACGGCGCGGGGCGGUGGGGCGUCGCCCCCGCGCACCAAGAAGCAGAAGCAGAAGGACAAGUGGGAGGCCAAGCACGCGGCCAUGCUCUCCACCGGCCGCCGGCCAGACGGUCGCCACCUGAAGGGCCCCGACGGCGCGAAGCUCUGCUACGACUGGAACCGCAGUCGCAACGGCUACUCCGCGCCCUGCCCCAACAGGAGGGCGCACCUGUGCGAGUGGUGCCUCGGGCCGCAUCGCGCCUGCGAUGACUCGGCGCGCCGUUCAGAGAAGCGCCCCCGGGGAUGGUCGGCCCCCGCCCCGAAGGGCAAGGCCAAGGGCUCUGGCAAGGGGCCCAAGUCGAAGGGUGGCGCCGUUGUCACGUUGCCCGACUUCCUGGAGAGCGGCGUGGACCUCCGGCUCGACUCGCACGUGGCCGCGAUCAAGUCUUGGAUGGCCGGAGCGUCUGCCGAGAGCCUGAACGCGGCGGUGGUCCUGGACCCGCACGCCGCAAUCUUGGCCCUGUGCGCAGCCGAGUUCGGUUUCUGGGUCAUGGUCGCGGACCUGGGGACCUCGUACAUGUGGCGUUUGCCAGACAUGUUGCGCCUCUUGGAGUUCGGAUUUUUGGACUGCACGUUCUCCCCCUGCCAGUGCGGGGCAGAUUUCGACAGGCCCACUCGCUUGAGGUGUUUUUCUUUGACGCCUCCGAGCAUGCGCCGGCGCUGCCAGUGGGUCCAGGACACGGGCGCCUACAGUUGCGGCCGGUCGGAGGCGUGGCCACACCUCAGCUUGAGUUACAGCUCGUACGGCGACGACUGCGCCAGGGAGCACGCCGACGGAGCGGCGGAGGCUUGGGCCACCGACAUCCCGGCUUGGGGCGCCCAGCGCCCAGAAGCACUGUCCGCAGGGGCGCCGGGGCAGGAUCCUUUCGACAGGCGCCAGGUGCACGCGCACCCUCUGCGUGUGCCAUUCGUGCCUUCCGCACGCGAAGUCCGGUCUCAGGAGGGCGCUCGCUGCGCGGCUGGCUUGCGCAAUCCGGAAGGAGUGGUGAGAAAGUGGGUCGAAUUGAGGGCGCGUCUACACCCGGUUCGGCAAGCCUUGCUGGCCGCCCGGGGGCGGGUCGCUGACCUGCAGCUGCUGUCGAAGGCCUGUGGGGAAUCACCUGCGAGACCGCCGCCUGCCACCGCGGCGAUCCGGCACGCCCGCGAGCUUGUGUCUGCAGCGCUGGGUCUGAGCCAGCGAGAGGGUGAGAUGACUCGUCCGGCGUCGCCUCUGCACGGCCCCAUCUUCGAUGCGGUCUGCAAGCGCUCCGGGGACUCGGACGUGCACGUCGCCCCGUGGAUCCUUGAAGGCGCGCCGAUGGGCAUCGAGGAGCCUGUCCGCCCAGGGGGGCACUUCCCUGCUCGCGAGUCCCCGGCGGCGCGCAGCCCGGAAGCGUUGCAAGAGGCGUACGUGUACCAAGGCAAUCACGUCUCGUUCAGCGCUCAGCGGGGCGAGGCGGAGGCGCCGACGCCCCCCCUGAUCAGGGAGUACCUCGAGGCGGGCUAUGGUGAGAUAUUCUCGUCUCAGCAAGCUGCCGAAUCUGCUUUGGGACACGUUUGCUACCCCGCGCCACUGGGCAAUGUCCGUCGCCCGAAGAAGUCUGGAGGGUGGAAGAACCGGAUCAUCCAGGAUCUCAAGGUGAACUUUGUGAACGCCGCCUCCAGCACGCACGAGCGAACCGUGCUCCCCCGCGGCAUCGACCAUGCCGUGGACAUUGCCACUUUGGCGCAACGUCAUGAGUCCAUGGUCGUCCUUAUACUGGACUUUUCGGACGCGUUCACGGCAGUACCUCUACAUGAUCGCGAGCGGCCGUGCAAUUGUGCUGCUGUGCGCGGGUUGUGCGAGGAGGGCGUGGAGCACUUCAUAGUGCGGCGCGUGCUGGGCUUCGGCGGGAAGUCGAAUCCUCUUGUAUACUCCCGCGUUUGGUCCUUCGCUGCGCGGACAGGGCAGGCCCUCCUGGACGGGGGGCGUUCUCGUCUUCAGCUGUACGUUGACGACCCGGAAGUUGUCGUGAGCGGCCCCGAGGAGGUCUGCCGGCAGGAGACGGACAUAUUGCUUUUAUGGUGGCUUUGCUUGGGCUUCAAGCUGUCCUGGUCAAAGGGUUCAUCAACGAUGUCUGGUCCGCCAGUCGCCCGGCAGGCUCCGAAGGAGGGCCCCAUCGGCAUGGGCGGUGACGCUUUGAUCCACGAUUGGGUCGGCAUCCGUUUUGCCCUGCGCGGCGCGACAGCAGUCAUGGGCCUCACCGCCGAGUGCGUGGAGUCCACCAGGCUGGCGCUGGCCCCAUUUCUCCAGCGGUCGGGCCAGGCCACGCUGGCGCAGGCUCGCACUGCGGUCGGCAAGGCGGCUCGCGUUGCGCAAGUGAUCCCGGAGGCGACGCCCUUCGUCGCAGCGCUCUGGGGGGCUCUUGCCGGCUCCCUGCGGGCGGCAGCACGGGGGGCGUCCGAGGCGGCACCUGGGAAGGUGGCCGUCGUGCGCUACUUUGCGGCAGCUGGCUGGCUGGAUGCCGUGUUGCGCGAGCCUCAGCGCGAUGGCGCCAACUGUGGGACGCUGUUCCCCUUGGUCAGGACGAUCCAUCAUUUCACACCUGGGGGGCGGCCUAGCGCAGCCGUCCGUGUCGAGUUCGACGCGUCGCCGUGGGGCGGAGGGGCCGUGCUCGCCCAGGGCACCACGAUUCUUGUGUAUUUUUCGAUCGAGUGGGAUGGGCACAUUUUAACACAUUUCGGUGCCGAGCUUGCCAACCCGAGGUGGCAGACUGUAUGGGAAAUGUUGACUUUGCUGUUAUCUCUACUUGUGUGGGGUACCCACGCGGAGGAAUUUUCUCUUACACUGCACGGGGACAACAUCGGUGCCCUUCAAAAUGCACUGUCUCUCAAAGGCCACGGGCACCUGUUGGCCAUCGCUCGAGAAAUUGCUUGGCGAAAAGCCCGUUUCUGCUGGGAAUUCGACGUGGUGCACCUGCCCAGCGAGUUGAACCAGGUCGCGGACGCCUUGUCCAGGUUGACGGCGGCGCCGCCGAAGACCUUCCCGAAGGUCUUGCAGGAGCAUCGCGCGCGCCGCCGCGAGGUGCCAUGCUGGAACGAAGUCUGGCAGGCUUGGGUGGGAAGUUCCCCGCCCAAGCAGGCUGCCAGAACGUGA